UCCAAAAUGUCUAACUAAAGAUAUGCGUACUUUUGUUUUUGUCCGACGCCAUUGAAUGCACCGAACACUUCAGUUCCGGUUUCCCCGGCGGGAAGUUCGCUUCAGCUAAAAUGUUCUUGCGGCGAAAUCAUAACGCAAACUUUUAAGACAUCAUUCCGUUUAGACGGUGUUUUUAUUCAUACGACGUGUAACUUAUAUAUUUCCAGUUCGUAUCAGUCGGGAAACAUGUCGAACCCGGACCCCAACAGUGAGGAUAAAGGUUCCACUCCGGCCAGGACCUUCGGACAGUUCACCUACACUGCAGAGGAGCAUCAGGCUGUGCACAAUGCUCUGCGACAGCGCUUGGGGCCAGAAUUCAUCAGCACCAGAAUGGCUGGUGGGGGUCAGAAGGUCUGCUAUAUUGAGGGCCAUCGUGUCAUCAGUCUGGCCAAUGAGAUGUUCGGUUACAACGGGUGGUCGCACUCCAUCUCUCAGCAGAACGUUGACUUUGUGGAUCUUAUCAAUGGAAAGUUCUAUGUGGGAGUGAGUGCCUUUGUCAAAGUGCAACUGAAAGAUGGUGCCUACCACGAGGAUGUUGGAUACGGGGUCAGUGAAGGACUGAAGUCGAAAGCUCUGUCUCUUGAAAAGGCCAGGAAAGAAGCGGUCACAGAUGGCAUGAAGCGAGCGCUGAAAUGUUUCGGGAACGCCCUUGGGAACUGCAUCCUGGAUAAAGAGUACCUCCUAGCAAUUAACAAAAUCCCCAAACAGCCUCGUCCUCCUCCGGACCCGCUGCACACAAAGCGCUCAGAAGGCGAGCCCUUGGUUGAACGGGCGCGUGUUAAUGGCUUGCUUGAAAGGGAGCACAGAAGUGAAGCUGCUCCGGCCGCCUCGUCUGGAGAGAAGCAGGACCCAAGUGGCUCGGAGGCUCACACUCCACUUGUCAGACAGGCUGUUGAGAUCAAAAGUGAGAAUGACAGUCCGGCGGUUGACCCGGUGAAGGUUUCCGAGUCGGAGUCGGACCCCAAACUGCUGCGUAAACUGCGUCAGCAACAGCUGCAGCAGAAGUUCAGGAAAGAGAUGGAGACCAAGAAUCUGCAGCAGAAACAGGAGCAAACCAAGAGCGUAGACUCAAGUCACUCUGGAGGACAAGGACCCAGUGGAGGGCACAACAGUUCGACUGAGUCUGGACACUUAAAAACAUGGAGUCGAGACGAACAACUUGCAGUUGACCUGGAGCUGUGGGACAUCACUCUGGAUGAGAUAGUGGAGCCAGACGUGAGGGGCCAGAGGCCCAGCACUCCCUCGAGCCACCUGAUGCAGACCCGCAGCAAGACCCCUCAGACCCCACCAUCACACGUCCGGGCACCAAACCUCCCUGCUGGCAGACCUCAACCGCCUUCGCACUAUCACAGGACAGUGGGAGGAGUCCCCAGCCCUUACAGAGCAGGACAGUCCAUGAAGAAGCGCAGACUGGAUUGCUGACCGACGCAGCCGCAAAUGUCUUUUUGUAUUUUAACCAGUGUGUUGCGGAAUUUCAAUGUUAAGAUACUUGUUGUGAAUGUUGGCUAAUAAAAACUACUCACUGACUUCAGUGAUAUCCAGCUGUUGCCUGGUGGAUCCCAGGGCACGGCAGACAUGACAGAAGUGGAGGUUG